GCCGCACCUCCGCCGCCCGCCAGUCCCACUCCGAGCAGCAGCGCGUCAGCACCUCCCCGCCGACACCAUGAGCCCCCUGGCCGUCCUGGCCGCCCUGGCCCUCCUCGUCUGCGGCAGUUCCGGACAGUUCCAGCAGCAGUUUCAGCAGCAGCCGUUCCAGCAGCAGCCGUUCCAGCAGCGGCAGCAGUUCCAGCAGGCUUCAGGCUCGGGCUUCAGCUGCCCGGACAGGUACGGCUACUUCGCCAACCCGCGGCAGUGCGACGCCUACUACAAGUGCAACGACGGCGUCGCCAGCGAGGAGCUGUGUCCGGAGGGCCUGCUGUUCAACGACAAGAGCACCCCGUUCCAGUACCCCUGCAGCUACCCGAACGAGGUCCAGUGCCUCACCCGUUCCGCCCUACAGCCCGCGCAGCCCACGGCGGACUGCCCGCACCAGUUCGGGUACUUCCCGCUGGGCGACGCCGCGCACUGCGGCCAGUUCCUCAACUGCGCCGCGGGCCGUGGCCACGUCUUCGACUGCCCCGACGGGCUCGCCUUCAACCCCCAGAGCUACCAGUGCGACUGGCCCGACCAGGUGCCCAGCUGCGACGCGGAGGGUAGGUGCCGGAGGACGCCCCGCUAGGAAAAUGGGAUAUCGAAACGAUAU